AUGUAUAUUGCUAUGACUGCUACCAGAUUAGAAGAUCUACCAAAUGAACUGUGGUUAGAACUUUUCGUCUAUUUUACAUGGUUUGAACUAAAUUCAACAUGGCUUCAAUGGAAACUUAAUAAUCGCAUACAAUUUUUAGCUCAAAUAGCACAGAAUCGAGUUGCUUUGUCACUCUCAUCGAUGUCGUUUAUAACUUAUGAUAGCAGAUAUUUUAAAUGGAAGAGUUCUUUAGCCGAAUGUGCCACUUAUUGUGAUCAAAUAUUUACAUUUCCGAAAACUGUUCGUUUGCGUAUCUCGUUACAACAUAUAUCUGAUUUAGCGUUAUUGAUGCAAUGCAAUACUUUACCACAUAUAGAAGAUCUUCAUGUUACAAUGGAAACAGGAAUAUAUACCUCACAUCAAUUAGAUAAUCGGUAUGAGAAUGCACCUUGUUCUACAUUAUGUCUUAAUGAUUUAAAUACAACUGGAGCCAAUCUACCACAUCUACGCACAUUACAAUUGCGACAAGUAGACAUUACUAAUGUUAUUGUAUUGAUACAACAUGUGAAAUCAAUGUGUCAACUUGAAUCAUUAAUUUUGGUGAACUGUAAUGUUAAAGAUAAGAAUGAACUUAUUGUAUUUAAAAGCUGUAUUAGAAAUUUUAUGAUUUGUCUGCGUUGUCUUCGUUUUCUAUUUUAUUUACCUGCUGAAACCAAGCUUGAAAAAAUUGAUCUCGACUGGUUUAAUUUAAGUCAUCGUACUGUUGAAUAUGAGAUAAAUGGACUAAUGGUACUUUACACAGUUCCAUAUCCAUUAAAUAGUCAACAACAAGUAUAUAAUCAUACAUUUGGACGACAGUCGACAAUUAAUAAUAAUAUUAAUCAUAUUGAAUGGAUAAUUGAUUGUGAUCCUUUAUCUAUUAAUACUACUCUUACUCAUUUUCAAUAUGUUAAUUCACUUGUUUUAUUUUUUGAUAUUAAAGAAAUGAAUAUAAAUAUAGAUUCUUGGCAUGUAUUACUUCCAUUUUUACGUCAUCUAAAACUUGAUUUUGAUUCGAAUCCAAUCAAAUCUGGGAUAUCGUAUUAUCGAUCUUGUUUGACGCUACACUGGUCUGACCUUGAACUUCUUCUUGAACAUUCUUCAUCACCUUGGCCAUUCGUUCGACAACUUAAUAUUCGUUUGAAACCACGCACAAACUUUCCAUCUGCAUCUUUGAUCAAACAAUUACCAACGAAUAAAGCUUUUCCUCAACUACAAUAUCUUUCAUUUAGUGAACGUCGUUUCUCACUCGAUCCACCGAAACCACUCGCAACUUGGAUUCUUUUAUGUUUCGAUGCUCUUGUAUCUUCUUCAUCAAAAUUCAUCAUAUUACAUGUAAAUAGAUGUUAUGUUACUUAUCGAAGUUUUCCUCUUACAUCUCGUGACAUACUUCUGACGCUUCUUACAGAACAUGUUCGUUCGAGAAGUGAUCACUAUUCAUCAUCUAAAAUCGUUAUCGAUGAGAAUGAAGAGAUAAUUAUUUGGCUUUGA